CUCUCCGCCACACCAAAUCUUCCAGCGAAAAUGGUGUCUCUAAAGUCCCAGAAGCGGCUCGCCGCGUCGGUGAUGAAGUGCGGGAAGGGAAAAGUUUGGCUCGAUCCGAAUGAAUCGGCCGACAUCUCCAUGGCCAACUCUCGACAAAACAUAAGGAAGCUGGUGAAGGAUGGUUUCAUCAUCAGGAAGCCAACGAAGAUCCACUCUCGCUCCAGGGCUCGUCGCAUGAAGAUUGCCAAGAUGAAGGGACGACACUCUGGUUACGGUAAGAGGAAGGGUACACGUGAAGCUAGGCUGCCGACAAAGGUGCUUUGGAUGCGUAGGAUGAGAGUUCUAAGGCGUCUUUUGAAGAAGUACAGAGAGUCGAAGAAGAUUGACAAGCACAUGUACCAUGACAUGUACAUGAAGGUGAAGGGUAACGUCUUCAAGAACAAGCGUGUGUUGAUGGAGAGUAUCCACAAGUCCAAGGCUGAGAAGGCCAGAGAGAAGACUUUGUCUGAUCAGUUUGAGGCUAAGAGGGCUAAGAACAAGGCUAGCCGUGAGAGGAAACAUGCUAGGAGAGAAGAGCGUCUUGCAAAGGGUCCUGGAGGAGAUGUUGCCCCUGCAGCCGCACCACCAGCUGCUGCUGCUACUACUGCUCAAACCGCAGAGGUACCAAAGAAGAAGUCCAAGAAGUGA